UGUACCAACAAUUUUAGGCUCAUUCUUCUAGCCUCUAGGGUUUCUUGAGACAUCAAUUUUCACCCAAAUUGAAGGUUAAAACCAUUCAUCAAAUCUCGUAAUUUCUUGAAUCGGUCGAUAUGCCUCAGAGACACUCAAAGAACAACAACGAUUUAGCAUUCUUCACGUACGAUGAGAAGCGGAAGCUUGGUUACGGCACGCAGAAUGAGAGAUUGGGAAGAGACUCCAUCAAGCCCUUCGACGCUUGUUCACUCUGCUUGAAGCCCUUUAUUGACCCUCUCUCCUGCACCAAAGGCCACAUUUUCUGCAAAGAGUGCAUUUUGGAAUGCCUUUUAGCCCAGAAGAAAGAUAUCCACAGAAAGUCAGCAGCCCAUGCUGCUCAACAGAAACAGGAAAAAGAAGAUGAAGAAGACAAGCUUAUGCUGCAAAAAGCUCGAGAGCUCGAUGCGUUUGAUCAGCAGAACCACGGGGCGAUACCACAGUACAACGAUAAGAGCUACAGUCGAGACAAAAACAGUUUCCAUGGAGCCAACAGUGUGAAGACGACCUCAUACGAAGAGGAAGCACUCCGUACAAUGAAGGCUUUUUGGCUACCUUCUGCAACACCCGAAGCUCCUAUCAAAGUGCACGCUCCGUCAACAGACACGAAGUGCCCUGAAGGGAACGAAAAGCUCAGGCUGAAGACGCUCUUCCCCGUGGUUUUCACAGAAGACGCUAACGAAGAGAAGAGAUCAACUUCUCUUGACAAAACUUAUAUCUGCCCUAGUUGCAAGGUCACGCUGACAAAUACACUCGCGCUCGUGGCCUUGAGUUCUUGCGGGCACGUCUUCUGCAAGAAGUGCGCUGACAAGUUCGUUGCUGUCGAUAAGGUUUGUCUAGCCUGCGACAAGCCUUGCAAAGAGAGGCAUCUUGUGAAUCUUGCCAAGGGUGGGACUGGUUUUGCAGGCCAUGGAGAUCAUCUCGAAGCCAAAGACUUUAAACAUUUAGGUAGCGGAUCGGGCCUCGGGCUUGUUAGACCAGCAACCAAGACUUGAUCUGGAGACAGUUGGAGGUGUUUUUAUGUAUCAUAUAUUUUGUAAUGCAAGAGAAAGGUGCCAGAUUGUAUCAGAAAUUCUGAGUUUCUAAUUCAACCAUUAAUCUUAA